CGGUCGUUCCCGAAUCAAUCCGCGGGCCGCAGCUCCGGCGGCGGAGUCAAACCGUGAGCUCGGCUCUGGCGGCGGCAGCGCUGCCCGCGGAGAGAGGGGGGCCGGCCCCGGCGCGCGCCGAUAGGCUGCGCGCUCCGAGGCUGGCUCCGCCCGCGGGUCUGUGUGGAGCUGUUCAGCGCCCAGGUGCUGAGUCUCCCGCUCGCUCAGGGAGGCUUCGGUUCUGCUGCUCUUUCCCCGGGACGCUGCCACGGGCUGCGAUGGGACUAGUAUCAAAUCGCCUCCGCCGCCUCCUGCAGGCACAGUGAGUGACUCCAGCCGCCCCUCAGCCCCGGAGGGUUGGAUGCGGCAGCCUCAGCGCCCCACUUGCUUGGGCGGGGGGGGGGGACACCCCAGGUGAAGAAAUUUUCAGAUACACAUACAGAAGCAGCAAGGAUUGAAUGAAAAUCUGAAACAGAAAGAACCAACUAUACACAUUCUUUUCCAGGUUUUUCAUCUGCCCCAUCUGCGAUUCAUUAUGGUACCUUGCAGUGAGCAAUGACCUCCUCUGAAGACUAUAGGUGCCAAAAAGAGAGAGACAGUGGCCUUGUUUCCCUCGUACUUGACAAAGUGAAAUGGUGCUCUUAAGGUGAUAAGUGUUUACUACACUUGCAAACCCAAACUGUUGGCUGGACAAUUUUUCCCUGACCUCCACCGCAGUGUUCUGAUGGACGGUUGACGGUGACAUCAUGUAGUAGUCCCUGAAGUGUUGUCAUAACUGAGUUGCAAUGGUUUUAUACACUUCCCCAUUUCCCAACAGCUUUCUAUCAGUUCUGCAUUCCUUUUCCUGGGGCCUGAUUUUCCCAUGUUAUUGGUUUGCAGAUAGGCUUGUGGCCUCCUUUGUUCCUACCACCUAUGAGAAACGUCAAAGGGCAGAUGAUCCAUGCUACUUUCAAGCACUCUGCAUCAUUAUUACCACUCCCAUCUACUUGGCACUUCUGGUGGCAUCUCUUCCUUUUGCCCUGAUUGGCUUCUUGUUAUGGUCACCUCUCCAGUCAGCUAGAAGGCCAUAUAUCUACUCCAGGCUAGAAGACAAGAGCCAGGUCAAUGGAGCUACACUACUUACUGAAUGGAAAGCUACAGGCAAUGGGAAAAGCUUCUGCUUUGGUAGUGCCAAUGUUUGUCUGCUACCAGACUCUCUGGCAAGAUUUAACAAUGUGUUCAACACACAGGCACGGGCUAGAGAAAUUGGGCGGAGAAUCAGAAAUGGGGCAAGCAGACCACAGAUAAAAAUAUAUAUAGAUUCCCCCACUAACACAUCCAUCAGUGCAGCCAGUUUCAGCAGCUUGGUCUCUCCCCAAGUUGGAGAUAGCACUAAUCGUGCUGUCAAUGUAGGCAUCAAAAGGACAUCAUCUAUGGAGUACAAAGGAGACAAUUCUGGCUCAAAUAACAGUGAGGAUAGCAGAGAUGCUAAAACUGGAGGGGAACUAAAUGAGGGAGAGGACAACAACACAUGUAUCGUGCGCAUAAGUGGGGAGGAUAAUGGCCACAUUUCAGACCCAGAAGCGGAUGCCAUUAGUGGCCAGGCUCAUAUUAGUAGCCCAGCAGAACACUCAUUGGAAGGUGAAAGAGAGAGCCCAAAGGGUCAAAUACCCAACCAUAAACAGAAAGAAGGAGAUUCUGGGAGUUUAGACAGCUACACUGCCUCACGAGAGUCCCUGGUUAAGGUUCGCAUUGGAGAUGGAACAGUGGACCAAAGUAACAUCAACAACAAGCUCCUUUACAAAGCUUCGGUCAUGAAGAAGACCUCUGUGAGGAAAAAGAAGCAUAUGGAUGAAAUCUUUGACCAUGAGAUCUCUGCUUUCUUCCCUGCCAACUUGGACUUCCUGUGUUUGCAGGAAGUGUUUGACAAAAGAGCAGCAGAGAAGUUGAAACAGCAGCUCCAUCACUAUUUUGAAUACAUUCUAUAUGAUGUUGGGGUCUAUGGCUGCCAUGGCUGCUGUAGCUUUAAGUUUGUUAACAGUGGCCUGCUUUUUGCCAGCCGCUACCCAGUUAUGGAUGCUGCCUAUCACUGUUACCCCAAUGGAAAAGGAACGGACUCCUUGGCUUCCAAGGGGGCCUUGUUUCUCAAGGUGCAAGUGGGAAAUACACCUCAGGACCAAAGAAUUGUGGGAUACAUUUCUUGCACUCAUUUGCAAGCUCUGGCAGGAGACACUACUGUUCGAUGUGAGCAACUUGAUCUGCUUCAAGAUUGGCUGGCUGAUUUCCGAAAAUCUACCUCCUCCUCCAGCACAGCCAAUCCAGAGGAGCUGGUGGCUUUUGAUGUGAUCUGUGGAGACCUCAACUUUGACAACUGCUCAUCUGAGGACAAGCUGGAGCAGCAGCACUCCCUGUUUACACGCUACAAAGAUCCAUGCCGGCUUGGUCCUGGGGAGGAAAAAUCAUGGGCAAUUGGUACCUUGUUAGAUCCUGAAGGAUUGUAUGACGAAGAAGUGUGCACUCCAGAUAACCUACAGAAGGUGCUGGAAAGUGAAGAAGGGAGGAAAGGAUACAUGGUCUAUCCCACCAGCAAGAACCAUAGUUCAAGUCAAAAGGGGAGGAAGGCAUCACUAAAAGGCAGUGGGAGGAGGAUUGACUACAUGCUUUACACAGAAGACGGUGUCUACCUGGAAUGGAAAGUGGAAGUGGAAGAGUUCAACUUUAUUACACAGUUAGCAGGUUUGACAGACCACCUGCCAGUUGCUAUGCGUCUGAUGGUAUCUACAGGGGAAGAGGAUUCUUAAAACUGACCAGUUUAGACAGAAGAUUAGAAGAGGGAAGUUUCAGUUUAUGACUUAUAUCAGAGGAUAGGAAAGAACUUUUCUGGUGCCACGUUAGAAAAGAUUACUAGACCUGACCCAGGCUACCCCCCACAACUCAACUGGCUUUCAAGUUCCUCUCAGAAUGUACCAGCAUUGGAGGAUAUAAAGGGAAGAAAUUGUGUGGGUUGGGACCAAUAACAAACCACUGUCACAAGUUGGUCAGGCAACAGGGCAGGGCUGUAUCUCAACGCUUUCACUGUGGACUGUAAGGAACCAAGAUGGAAGUCCUUAUUCCUUUUGAACCAGUGCCAUUCUUACUAAACCAUGUUUUUAUACUAAUAUAUAGCACAAUUUAGUUUGUAAUCCGUCUGUGAGUUAGUGCUGCUCAAUGGAUUUUUGCAUAAUAUCUUUGUAAAACUAAGCUAAAGCUUUUUUUUUCUUUUCUUUUUCCAAGCCUGUUAAUGUCGUAGUAGCAUGCCUGCAUCAGUAGCAUGCGCCCGCAUUGCAUGCCACUCUAAGAUAGUAGUCAUUAAGAUACCAUGGGGAAAUAAGACUAGAAAUGGGAAUUCAAAAUCAGAAACUAGCCAAAGAAAAGCAUUCUGGGACUGGCUAAACAUUUUCCAACCAACUUGAUGGGCUUCAAAACAAAAAUCUGUAUCCAAUUGGCAAAUAAGAAUCUUACUUUUUCAGAGUCCUCCAUUUAAGGAUUAUGAUUAAAAAUCAGACAUUAAAGUUUAAGAAUCCAGUCCUGCAAUCCUUACUCCAACUAUAUUCCCAUUAAAAUCAACAAGAGUUUUGCCUGAGUAACAGCUCCAGAAUAGAGCCCAAAGUUUGCUAUUCACAGGAUAUCACUUUUACUUUAAAAAGGGGACCAUAUUCUCUCUCAAUGUCAUAGGCUUCCUUUCCCACAUUUAGGGCAGUUCUGAUUUACAGUAUACGGUAACAGAAUAUUAUGGUCAUUUUGAAUAGAUUCACGUGGUACCAUUGAUAAUACCAGAGUCAAUUCACUGCCCUGACUGGAUACAAUGAAUAAGGAAGGCUUGUAACAAACAUGUGAGACAUAGGGAAAACAAAAGACGCGACUAUUUCAGAGAACAGAUGAAGAAAGCAGAGUGUGAUUGACAAAAGACUGGUUAGGACUCUGAUUUUCAAAGUAACAAAAAGUGGCGGCGGAAGAAAGAAAGAAUGGGGAAUUGAAAUGUGAAGACUUUUGUAAAGGAGAACUCUCCUCCUGAACUGAAAAUAAUUUUUAAUGUAUGGAACAAAACCCUGCAUUCUUUGUGCCCUCAGUCUUCGAGACUUGGCCAGUUAAUUUGUAUAUUUUUGGUGGUGGUUUUCUCUUUCCACUGCACAAACAUGUACAUCAGCCCCUCCGUUAGCAGCGAGUUCUCUCUUUAUUGUCCUAUCCCAGUACCCUACCCUUUUCCCCUCCCUUCCUCCCCUACUCGUAAUUAAAAAGGGGAUUCAUAUCUGAGCUUCUUGGCCCUUUGUCCAUUUAGGGAUGUAAAAUGGGGCACGAGCAAAGGAGGGGAUGGAAGCAAAGGCGAACACCACACUGAAGAAAUAGGCUUUUGUUCCUAGGGAGAAGAGUAUCCUACUCAAAAGGAUACCUCUGGGCCCACACAAUCCACUAAUUACCUGUUGCUCUUUAAUCCAAGCCAUUGCUCUGUUUUUACAGUGUUUUCCCUAUUCUCUACUAUAUAUAUAUAUAUAUAUAUAUAAGUUUUUAAAGGAAAAAUAAAUAUUGAAUUUACAUCUCAUCUGGGCCCAAACAUGCACCAGUUUGAACAAUUUUUAGCCAACCUGAUACAAACAUCCUUGUGAAUACUUAUUGUGCUUCAGUUUAAACCUGCUACAGACUUAAACGAAACUGAAAUAAGCCUGUUUAAAACAGAAAUGAGUGCAUGCAGAUUCUUGCAUCAGUUUAACUACCUAAAUUUAAAAACCAAACACUCAGUUAAACCUGUGUCACUCUGCAUGCAGAGAAGCCCUUAGUGUUAAUGAAAGAAACAGACGGAUAUCACUGGCUAGAGCCAGGCAGGUGCUAGCAAGUUUUCUCCCUCACACUGCUUUGCCAUUGCACCUCAAUCUUGACCCGUCACAUCCCUCAUUUUCCAGUUCUGGGCUCCUUUGAACACAUACUGCCUCUCACAACUGAAUUGUGCCAAACUGCAUGGGGGUUUGUGACAUACAACAAAUGGAGACUAGACAGAGACCAAAUUUAGCCCCCCUUUUGGUCUAAACAAGAAUUGAAACCAAGUGCCAAGAGGUAGAAGUCUGAAGCACUAAUUAUUUCUCUCCGUAUACAGAGUGUGUGUGCACAGUUUCCUGCUUUCUUAGCUCUGCAGUUAACUUAGAAAGACUUUGAAAAAAAUGCUCGUAAUCCUAUUUUCUAUCUUGCUUGUAUUUUAUUAACGUUUUUAAGAAAAAAAACAACAGUACCAAUGGCAAUUUGUGUACUGCCCAGCAGCUAUGCUGCCAUAUUGCUAUCAGUAGUAGAACUAAAUCUGAGGUUCAGUAUUUUUAAUAGCUUUCCUAACAGUGUAAAUUAGUUUGAUAUCAAAUUCACUGAGUAUCAGUUACAGUUGCUGAAUUUAUUGACACAGUGUGGGAUGUAAACAUAAACAAUUACUGCCAAACAAUGUUAUGCUAUUUACAGUAAAAACUAAUGAUGUCUAAAUUACUUUCAGUUUAGUUCUGUGAAGUCAUGCUGACUCUAAAACACAGGCACUUUCCUUGCCCUUUUGGGAUAUGAUGAGAGAUCUUUUCAAUUUUGAAAUAAGCAGUUUCUUAGAUUUUGACGUUCUUAAUUUUUCAGUGCUCUCUGUUUUUAAUUGUUGAUUAAUGGAUAGUUGUAAAACAGUCUCUAUUUAAAACAAAACAAAACACACCAACUAACCAGUAUAGUUAGUUGUUACUAAUCUUACAGAUCUAACUUUGCAAGAGGAUGAUGCUGGGAGGUACAGUAUUGUGACUCCAUUGUACAAAUGCUCUUUGCUUUAUUGCAUCGAUCCUGUGCCUUCUGAUGCCUUGAUACACUUGAAGGAUUUAGAAAUACAUUUAGAAGAUUGUAGAACACACACUUCGCACUCCAGAGGACAGUGUGCCAUGUGAAAGAGGAACAGAAACCAUUUUCUCCACACUGACUCAAAAAGAACCACUCAGUAAUUCUGUUGGCAGAAUAUUGAUCCAAAAAGGCCUUAGAACCCAGGUCAUGUGAUGGGAUAUUUUUAUUUUCCUUACUUUUUUUAAAAAAUAACUACCACAGGAAAUUAAGAUGCAAGCAAUUCUUCUAAAAUAAAUUCCAGCCUGAUUAAGGACAGCAUGACUAGCCCCAUUAGCAAUAUAUGAUUUACAAAGGGUUUGAGUUAAACUUUCAAGAGCUACUCACCCUAUUGGGCAUAGGAACUUCAGGUAUCUCCAAAGAGUGGGUGAUAAUACUUCUUUGUGUUUAAUAAUGUAGCAUCAUUGAACAUCAGUACUAUUUCUUUAUGGGAUGACUAUGGACAUUUUAGCAGAAGUGUCACCUCAUGGCUUUUUAAAAAGACAUAAUACACACAUGCCCUGAAGCUUCAACUUCUGCUUUUAUUACACUCAAUUCUCAUUUUACAAGUAAUUUCAGAAGAACAGGAGAAAGUUUAUACACAUUUAAGGAACAAAGGAUAGCAUUUUAAAAAAGGCCUAAGGGUGUUAGGCACCCAAAUCCUAUUGGCUUUCAAUGGGAGAUGGAUGCCUAACUCCCUUAGGCCUUCGAAAAUGCAAGCCCAAAAGAACAGUCUCUAGCCUUUCGGGGCUCGUUCAGAUCUGGUUAAUCUGUGCAUUAUUUGUUUGCCUGCCUGGGGCUCUGAAAGGCAUCACUGGACUAUAUGCGAUCAAAUGAGAUACCGUGCUACAGCCUGCAUCAAGCACUGAGGAAGAGUGCUUGUGACAUUAUGGCUGAAUUCCACAUAGUGUAAUGUUAUACUUAUGACAGUUAUAUUUUGGCUAAUGUAUUCUGAUGGAGUUGGCAUAGUAUGUAGUUAGACUCAGAAAUGGGCUGCUCAAUAAAGGUGACCUAAUAAAGGUGAAUUGUACUCAAUAUUGGCUUCAAGAAGAACUGCAGGUACUCUGCAUCCUGCUGAACUGAGAUCUGCAUCUGCGGUUACUUUGAGGAGAGGAUGUUGCCUAAUAAAAAUUCUCUUUUACACCUCACUGCAAUAUCUUGUCCCAGUAGUUGUGACAGCCAGUCCCUGACUCCUACCUGUUGGAUAAAGCAUGAAAAUUUACAAUGGGGCCUGCAAUUAUUUUUCUUUAAAAAAAAAUUAUUUUUUUUUAAAUUGCACUUGUCCAGUGAUUCAAAUUAAACAGAUCUGACUGUCCUCAGAUUAAUAUGAGCAGCUCUCAGGCCACUUUUGGUUGGCCUGAGUUCAGCCCAGCUCAGAAAGUUAUUUUUUCCACUCUCCUUCUGGGUCAAGAGGGAUGAGAGAAGAGGAA